ACCUGUUCUAGCUCAAGUUCAACGCCAGCACCGUCAGGUUUCGGCUUGUACAUUUUUUGCACCCGUGGUAUUCGGAUCUUUCCUCUCCAGCGGCCCAGCGCGCGUCCCCACAUGCGCAUGCGUCCCUGUGCUGGGAGGAAAAAAGGGGAACGCGCUGUAACAGAGAGAAAGCGUUCCAGUAAACCGCUAUAUCUGCGUGGGGACUUCAUGCCCGCCACGCCAACACUAAACUGCUCUCCGCGGUUCUUGCUUCCGCUAUAUUUGUUCAUAGGGAUGAGCUUUGAUGCUCACGCCACAUCCUCGCUUCUGUCCGUGUGUGCGCUUUGCUGGCGGACACAUAUUUCUCGUUUUCCCACGCAGUGAUUGUCACUGAAAGCAACGUGAACUUGGUUGCAACAUCACUGUACGGGACAACAGGCUCGCUCCACGGAUUAAACCUCAUCUGUCGGGCAGCAGUGCUGGGAGAACGUCAGCCUCAUUACAUCUGUACCACUGAAGAUUUAAUCAUUGGAAAUGAAAGAGGGAAAAGGAUAACCUCAUGCACUAUGUAGACAUGAGAGGCCCUAGGAGCACGUGAAGAUGUCCCAGAAGGCAACUAAAACAUGGUGCCUUAGGCUUGUCCCAGUUCUCCUCUUCUUCAUCUCCUUUGUCACAUACUACUGUUCCUAUGCCAUACUGCAAAGCUACGGAGGCACCAGCAAGUCUCUGAACAGUAGCAAGUCGCUGUGUGGUGGCUGGCUAACCCAGAAGAAGUGGGAGAGCCUUAACUUUAACAUUAGCAGACAGACACAGCUCUUUCUGAAACUGGAGGAUUUUUUCUGGCGGGAGCAUCUGUCAAAUCUGGCAUUACCUUAUGGCAUUAAGGGCAGUGAGCUGCUGCUACUGAAAGUCCUGGCUGUAACUGCAAAUUAUCAGUUGCCAGCCAACAUUGAAAACCUUGAAUGCAGAACCUGUGCAGUCAUAGGCAAUGGUUUUGCCAUUAAAAACAGCUCCUUGGGAGGCAUCAUCAACAAAUAUGACGUGGUCAUUCGGUUGAAUGAUGCCCCAGUGAGAGGCUAUGAGGAGGACGUAGGAAACAAGACCACCAUGAGGUUCUUCUACCCCGAGUCGGCCUCUUACAACCCUGGACUGCACAACGAGCCCGGAACACUUAUGGUCAUGGUGCCUUUCAAGCAGCAAGAUCUACGGUGGCUCAAAGAGAUCCUCUAUAAUGAGAAGAGGGUCAGGAAAGGCUUUUGGAAGCCCCCUCCCCAAAUCUGGCUUGGUGACGUCAGUAAAAUCAGAGUGCUGGAUCCCCACUUCCUGCACCAGACUGCCGACCGACUGCUCCGGAUCCCUCUGCAUCCCAAAAGUAAACAGAAGCCGGUGCAUCCUACCACGGGUAUCCUUGCUGUGUUUGUUGCUCUCAACUACUGUGAUGUGGUCCACAUAGCCGGUUUUGGAUACCCUAACUCAAAGAGCCAAAGGCACCCUAUCCAUUACUAUGGAUAUGACACCAUGAAGUCUAUGAAGAAUUCCUACCAUGACCUCAAUCAUGAAGCUGAAGCCUUAAAAAGACUGGAGGAUUCAGGAGCCAUUUUAUACCUGCACCCACAUUUAUGAUACACACAAUUUUCCAGACGAUUUUAUCCCAAAAAAUACUAAACACCAAAUCAUAUUUGAAUUUGGACGGGUCACCCGAUCCAGAUUACAUCCUAAUGUGCCUUCUGCAGUGAGAUACAAGACAUUUUGUUGGUGCAUUAAAUCAUAAGUGUCAUAGAUCAAGCUCUGAUGAAUGUUUAUUUCCUUGGCACCUUAUAUUCUGUACAACUAAAAGACCUGAAAAGUGAUUUAACUGCUUUUUAAACAGCUUUUCUUCGAUUUGGCAUGUAGAAUAACCUUGGCUAAGCACUUUGCAUAACAAUUAAAGGUGUGUAACAUUUCUGGGUUUUGAAUCAUGACUAAAACUUAGUUUACACUAACUGUUCACAUGGUGACCCAGUUACAUCAGAUUGUGUGGGAUAUUGGAUAGUUCCAAUGCUCUGAUGUUGUUUUUAGGGCUGUGAUAAUGUGAGUUUAUGAAUGCCACAUUGUAGGAAUUAGGCAUUUCAGAUCUACAGCUCGAAUGUUUUUUGUUUUCUGUCCAGAGAUUCCAUGCCUAUCACUGAGCUGUAAAACUAAUCAACCCGGAUUAUUUCUUGCUGUAAACACUCACCGUGGUUUGAGAUUCAUUUUCAGUUUUAUAAAUUCAGUUUUUUCUUAUGAACUAAAAAUCAGCUUUAAGGUAAAGAGUGUGUUAGAAUCUAUGGGGAUUUUUUGAGAACUGUACUUUUAAUGUCUUUUAGUUUCAAUGAAAGGAAAAUGACUGAUUACAAACCUGAUUUACACAGUUAGCUGGAUUAGGGUGACGUUACUUUUAGAUUUCUUGGACUGGAAAUACUACUUGUAUUUUGCUCAUUGUUUUAAUUCACAUCAGUUGUCUUUGUUUUUUAAUUUAUUUAAUCUUUUUGUUUUUCAAAACUUUACUGGUAAAUGGUACCACUGGAUAUUUUUUAUUGUACAGAAUUAAAUAAAAAUUUAAUAAAGAGUAAAUCAAAA